UUCUGCGAUAAGUUGACCGCACGUGCAUUGCCUUUUCGGGUUUUCAAUCGCAUUUUGGGGUGCAGUUGUUUGUUUUCAUUAUAAAAUCGUGUUUAAUAACAAACAAAACGAGUUAUAACUUCUGUGCUAAAAAAAGAAGUUGAGAAGUGAGGUGCGCGAAAGUCAAGUGUGUUGCAAUGGGAAAAAAUAAUAGGAAAAAAAAUAAAUCGGGUAGCAGCAAUAAGAAUCAGCAACCAGCCGAUGACGCUGCCCACGCACCAACCCAGUCAUCAUCUAAACAAGUGCAACAGCAACAACAAACAACCUUCAAGCGGCCCACACUGACGCUGCAGAAACGCAAUGAGCUUAGUUCCCUAAUCAGUGCACUGCUCGAAAUCGGUUUCCGACAGCCCGCAAACCCUAAAGAAGAAUGGGAUCAGUAUUUGGAGAUACAAGCGCUGUUGCACCGUGCGCAAAUACUCGAAGCACCGUUGCGUCGCCCCACUUCCAAUCCAAGUGUAGAGGCGCGGGUGGCCAACAUCGAAAACUUCUAUCGCUGGGCAGCAAAAAAUGGCCUGCGUUACGAAGGUGUGCGCAUAACACAAUUUCAAGGCUACGAAUUGGGCUUGGAAGCAACGCGUGACAUAGCCGACGAUGAGUUGCUUUUCUCUAUACCACGCAAGCUGAUACUCUCCGAAGAGAAUUUGGACUUGGAAAAUAGUCCAGCACAAUUUGGUUCGAUGUCCAAUUUGAAGCUGUCGUAUGUGUUAAUGCUUGAAGCAUUAAAGCCUGAUAGUUUUUGGAAACCCUACAUCGAUUUGCUGCCGGAGAAGUAUAACACAGUCCUAUACUUUAAUGGUAAAGAAAUGGAAAUGUUACGCGGCUCGAAUGCAUUACCGGCGGCUUUGCGUCAAUGUAAAGCGAUUGCGCGUCAAUAUGCGUUUCUGUACAAUUGCACCGUGCAAGCGCCACGUGCAGAUAAAUUCAAUCCGAUGGGACAGGCGUUCAAGGAGCAGUUCAGCUAUGAGUUGUAUCGGUGAGUAGGAAGUUAUUUG